GUCCUUUCAUCUUCAACCAAAGGAUUUAUUCAUUCUUCUUAAAACAUACAAGAAAGGGAAAAAGAAAACAACUGCAAAAUGGAACAAAUUUUCUCAACUUUCCCACUUGUGUUCUUCUUCUUAUUAUUCUUCAUUUAUUCCACUCCAACUCUUUCACAGAGUCCGGCUCCGGCUCCCGGACCUCCCGGUCCUGCCGACAUAAUCGCUAUUCUUCAAAAGGCCCGUCAAUACACGACAUUUAUUCGACUCCUAAAAACCACCCAAGUGUCUGAUCAACUCAAUACACAGUUGAGCAAAUCAAACGAAGGUCUCACGGUAUUUGCUCCAACUGAUGCUGCAUUCACUAGCCUCAAACCGGGCACAUUAAACUCCCUCUCCGAUCAACAGAAAGUCGAGCUGAUCCAAUUCCACGUCUUACCUUCAUUUUUCUCCGUCUCCCAAUUCCAAACCACGAGCAAUCCAUUAAGAACUCAAGUUGGUAAUGAUGGACAAUUUCCACUCAAUGUCACUGCAACUGGGAAUCAAGUGAACAUAACGACCGAUAUGGUUAAUGCAACAGUGGCCAAUACAGUGUACACUGAUAACCAGCUAGCCGUGUAUCAGGUCGAUAAAGUACUCCUUCCGCACGGUCUUUUCGCACCUCCACCGCCAGCUCCUGCACCAGCAAAGCCCAAAAAACAGGAGGCUUCAAGUUCCUCCCCCACUGAUGAUACUGCUCGUGUCGAUACUUCUGGUGGAAUUCAUCUGUCUCAACAUGCAUUCCGUGCAAUGUCGAGUCUCGUUCUUGUUUUGGGAGCAUUUUGUUUUUGAGUGUGUGUACAGUGUGUGCUAAUGGAGUUCUUUGUAUCCUGCUUGCUUUUUCUUUGUCGAAUUAAAUUUUUUUCAACCGUAAUAAUCUGUCAUUAUGCAACGAUUGUUUUCAGUUUUAAAUA